UGUCUGGAUGCGGAAGUAGGACCAUGAACUUCUGAAGUUGCUGCUGCUGCUCCUCUCUCCCUGAAAGAAGAUUGAGCUUCACCCCAGACUGCAACUUCCUUCCUCUCUCCAACAUCUACUAUCUGAAGACAAAAGUUUCAAAGUCAACAGAUAAAGGGCUUAUGCCCAAAAUGUUGAUUCUUCUGCUUCUCUGAUGCUGCUUGCCUUGCUGCGCUUUUCCAGCGACGCAUUUUUUGAUUCUGACUCUCCAGCGUCUCCAGUCCUCACUUUCACAUCAAUGUCUGACAGUCACUCAGUCCAUCAGGACCGCAACAAUUUUCAACUGAUUCUGUGAGAAGGAGCAACGCGUUCUCUUUGGUUCCUGUUUGAGUACGGGGGGACUGGUUGAAAGACUCUACUGUUGCAGCGCAGUGUGUGUGGAGCCUGAAACAACUCUACUGCGUGGAAAGAGGAAUUCACUGCGGGGUUGUACACGUGUGUGUGUGUGUGUGUGUGUGCAGCUGAAGCUUCAGCCAUGGAGAAACCUGAGGAAACACGCCCCGUUGAGAAACCAUGGAAGUGUGGUGACUGUGGGAAGGGCUUCUGUGUCCCACCUGUCCUAGCGGCUCAUCAGUGCAAUCACACUGGGGAGAGGCCGUUCUCCUGCCCCGAGCAGGCGAAGGGCUUUACUUGCUCCUGUGUCCUGCUGGCCUACCAGCAAAUACAGACUGGUGAGAGGACGUUUUACUGCUCCAUGUGCGGGAAAGGGUUCACUUGGGUGGACAACUUCCAGACCCACCAGCGAUUCCACGCAGGGGAGAGGCUCUUCAGUUGCCAUGAGUGUGGGAAAGCCUUCAGCAAUUCCUCCGACCUGCUGAAGCACCGGCGAGUCCACACGGGGGAGAGGCCAUUCAGCUGCCCCGAAUGCGGGAAGGCCUUCAGCGACUCCUCCAACCUGCUGAGGCACCGGCGGGUCCACACGGGGGAGAGGCCCUUCAGCUGCCCAGAGUGUGGGAAGGCCUUCAGCAAUUCCUCCAACCUGCUGGCCCAUCAGCAGGUCCACACAGGGGAGAGGCCCUUCAGCUGCCCAGAAUGCGGAAAGGCCUUCAGUAAAUCCUCCAACCUGCUGGCCCAUCAGCGGGUUCACACGGGUGAGAGGCCCUUCAGCUGCUCAGAGUGCGGGAAGGCCUUCAGCAAUUCCUCCGACCUGCUGAGACAUCGGCGAAUCCACACGGGGGAGAGGCCUUUCGCCUGCCCAGAGUGUGGUAAGGCCUUCAGCAAUUCCUCUGACCUGUUAUCCCACCGGCGGGUCCAUACCAGGGAAAGGCCAUUCAGCUGCCCCGAGUGCGGGAAGGGGUUCACCCGCUCCUCCAAACUGCUGGCCCACCAAUGGGUCCACACCGGGGAGAGGCCUUUCAUUUGUGGCGACUGCGGGAAAGGUUUCCGUGUCCCGUCUGCCCUAGAGACACAUCAGCGCAGUCACACCAGGGAGAAGCCAUUCUCCUGUCCUGAGUGCAGGAAGGCCUUCAGUGAUUCCUCUGCCCUGCUGAGGCACCGGCGAGUGCACACAGGGGAGAGGCCCUUCAGCUGCCCUGAGUGCAGGAAGAGCUUCAGCGAUUCCUCCGCCCGGCUGAGGCACUUGCGGGUGCACACAGGGGAGAGGCCCUUCAGCUGCCUCAAGUGUGGGAAGGCCUUCAACGAUUCCUCCGCCCUGAUGAGGCACCAGCGGCUGCACACAGGGGAGAGGCCCUUCCGCUGCCCCGAUUGUGGGAAGGUGUUCACUCGCUCCUCCCACCUCGUGAUUCACCGGCGGGUCCACACCGGUGAGAAGCCCUUCCCCUGCCCCAAAUGUGGGAAGGCCUUCAGCGAUUCCUCUGACCUGCUGGCCCACCGGCGGGUCCACACUGGCGAGAGGCCGUUCACCUGCUCUGUCUGCGGGAAGUGCUUCACACGCUCUUCUGACCUGCUGAAGCACCAGCGUGUCCACACUGGGGAAAGGCCCUUCAGCUGCUCUGAAUGCGGGAAGGGCUUUACUCAGGCAUCCCACCUGCUGACACACCGGUGGGUCCACACUGGGGAGAGGCCGUUCACCUGCCUCGAGUGCGGGAAGGGCUUUGCUGUCUCCUCCAGUCUACUGACGCACCAGCGGGUCCACACUGGGGAGAGGCCGUUUGCCUGCCCUGAGUGUGGGCAGAGGUUCACAAUGUCCUGCAGUUUGAACAAGCACCAGCGGAGGCACCAAUGCUCCCAACAAUCAGAUUCUGCCGGUAACGCUGCUGAGGGUCACCCCCAGGACUGAACCUCCUGCCCUUUCUGACAGUGGGGGUAAUGAGAGUUGAUGUGAUUGAGAAGCUUCUCCCAAUGAAUCUUUGACUGAUAACAGCAUUUGUCAGGCUUUUGAAAGUCACUGUAGCUCUGUCACAGCACACAGGAGGGCUCUUUCAGACACAACGCGUCAUGCAGAAAAUUCUCCCACAUUAGUCGAGCAAAGUUGACGUCUUUUUAAGACAUUGUGAAACUUGAAAUGGUUCAGAAAAGGUUUGGAAGGACGUUGCCAGGGCUGCAAGGUUUUAGCUACAGGGAGAGGCUGAAUACGCUGGUACUAUUUUCCCGGAAGCUUCAGAGUCAGCCAGAAACAUCUGUUGAAUCAGGAAACAUCUCUUCCUGCAGCAGCUUCAGACAGACCGCUUGCUAAAACCAAAACCAAUGGAAAAGAAUGGGACAACUGCCCUUUCAUUGUAGAAGUAUUUUAGAAAAAAAAAGGAAACCCUUUUCCCUGAUUGUUGCCUUAGCCAGUAUCUGUUAACCAUUAGUGAAAACCUUAAUCCUAGACGAAUGGGAAGCUGUGCCAUUUACAACCCCUUCUGAAAAUAAACCAACAACAUAAUCUUCUUAAAGGAGCAGCAUGAUCACAACAAAAAGCAGCUGAACUGAAACAUUUGAAUCAAAAGGUUGUACAGUUAGCAGGACAAGAAACAGGUUUUCAAUUUCACCAAUCAAUUUAAAUCAACCCCAUUGGCUACCAAAAACUUAUUAAAUUUAAAUCCUAAAGUUUUGACAACAGGACCAAUCCUAUCAUAAAGAAUCCGUGCUCUCAGUCAUCUGUGUAUUAGAGAAAGCAUCAUUUAGAAAAACAGAAAGAGCAUUCCUGACAGAGGAAUCGGAGGAGGCAUCCCCGACAGAAGAUGGCACAGAAUAUUCCGGAAGACACACAACCUGGUUGUAAUCUAAGCGAUUAAAUUCUAUUUUGUGUUAUCUGAGUGGGACAUGUAUUGAUUGGAACAGUAUACCAGAGAAUCUUGAUUUAUUCCAGAAUACUUAGUAGUUAAGAUGGAUUUAUUCAGUUUGUUAGUAGCUUUGUUCAUUUGUUCACUGUGAG